UCAGGUGUGAAUGACCGGGUCUGAAAUGACAAGAGAGUUAAUAGACAAACAGAUAUAAUGAAAACAACUAUUAACAGAAAGGUGUGGAGCUGAACUGUUAAAGCUACAGAGGCUUCCUGUUUAAAUACUACAGAGACUUUCUGUUUACACGAUACAGAGACUUCCUGUUUUGUGAAUCACUAGUUUGAGAUGAGCUACUGAGAACUGGUCGGACUGGUCUUCUUCAUUCACAUCACUUCCUAUAUUGACACUGCGUUGGCAGUAAGUGGAGAUGAAGAGGUGCAGAACCCCCCGCUGGACUCAUGCACAUGUGCAAUCAGCACACCUACUCAAGAGAUGAAACUGUUCCAGAUGUCGUAUAGGCAUAUAUACCUACUGUAUAUAUAAAUAUAGAUAUAUAUAUCUAUAUAGAUGGCCAACCAAUCAGAAACCAGUACUGUAAUGGUGGCAGAAAGCAGUCGAUCCGAACCUCAGUGAGGAAUUUAUGUCCAUUUGUUCAGUGUGUGUAAAAGUUUUGUCCACUGAGUCAUCAAGCGCUCAAGAGUAUGUGUGUGUGUAUGCGUGUGUGUGUGUGUAUGUGAGUGUGUGUGCGUGCGUGUGUGUGUGUGUGUGUGUGUAAGUCAGCUAGCUGCUAUUUAACACCACACCCUGUCCUGUCCUGGAUCAUAACGGAACUGCUCGCUGCCUCUCUGCUUCUUCUGAAGGUGGAAUCAACAUGGCGAUGGUGUCUGAGUUUCUGGCCCAGCUGACGCUGGCGUACGGAGCGGAAGUGGAGCCUAAAUUCCCCACCGUGGUCCCGGUACGAGACUUCGACCCGGACAAAGAUGCAGCCAGGAUCGAGACGGCCAUCAAGACUAAAGGAGUGGACGAACAGACCGUCAUCGACAUCCUGACCCGACGCAGUGGAGAGCAGCGGAGAGAGAUUGCCUUCGAAUACGAACGGAUCGCAAAGAAGGAUCUGACGAUUGCCCUGAAGGGGGCGCUGUCCGGCCCUCUCGAGGCUCUAAUGUUGGGUCUGAUGAAGAGCACCGCUCAUUACGAUGCCUCGGAGCUCAAAGCCUCCAUCAAGGGACUGGGGACGGACGAAGAAACCCUCAUCGAGAUUGUCUGUUCCAGAAACAACAAAGAACUGGAGGAGAUCAAGAAGGUUUACAAAGAGAUGUUUAAGAAGGAGGUGGAGAAAGACGUAGCAGGAGACACAUCGGGAGACUUCGCUAAGCUGCUCCAGGCGCUGGUUCAGACCAAGAGAGAUGAACCCUCGAAUGUGGUGGACUACGAGAAGAUUGACGAGGAUGCCAGAUCUCUGUAUGAAGCCGGGGUGAAGAGGAAGGGAACCGACGUGGCCACCUGGAUCUCUAUUAUGGCACAGAGGAGCGUCCCCCACCUGCAGAAAGUUUUCGAGCGGUAUAAGAGCUACAGUCCCUACGACAUGAAGGAGAGCAUCAGGAAGGAGGUGAAGGGAGAUCUGGAGAAGUCCUUCCUCACUCUGGUGGAGUGCUUUGAAAACAGGCAGCUGUACUUCGCCAACAGACUCAAUGAAGCCAUGAAGAGCAAAGGAGCAAAGGAGAAGGUGGUGACCAGGAUCAUGGUCUCUCGCUGUGAAGUGGACCUGAUGAAGAUCAGAACAGAAUUCAGGAAGCAGCACAAGAGAUCUCUGUACCAGACCAUUUCUGAACACACUAAAGGAGACUACCAGAAAGCUCUUCUCAGUCUGUGUGGAGGAGACGACUGAGAGAAACUCUGGGUGAACUCAGUUUCCCAGAAGGCCACUGGGUUUGUAAUAAGAUGACUCCAGCAUUUGAGCAUUUUUAUGUUUCCUCUCCAUUAAACAAAUAACGUAAACACGUUCCACGUGUGUGUGUGUGUGUGUGUGUGUGUGUGUGUGUGUGUGUGUGUGUGUGUGUGUGGUGUG